CCUUCUCUGUAUCCCAGCCCCAAGUCUACCAUGAGUGACUUGCCCCUGCCGUUUACGGCUGGAGUAAAUACUAUUGAAGAGCAGAGGGCUCGCUGGGAGAGAAAGCGCAGCCGGACAGCUAAGGAGCUACUGGAAACUGAACACACAUAUCUUGGGCAGCUGGAUCUGGUGGUCACAUACUUCGUGACAAUUUUAAAGGCUAAAGGGACACUAAAACCUGCUGUACUGGAAACCAUAUUUGGACCCCUAGAAUCCAUAUAUUUGGCCAGCCAGGUUCUGUCAUUUCACCUGGAGAGGGGGAAUUUGGGACUAGGACUGGAAAACUUAUGUCAGAAAUUGGAGCUUUAUGGCCACUAUUCUGAGAAUUUGGAGCAGGCAAAUAAAACCUUGAAGGAGCAGUUGAAGAAGAAUAAGUCAUUUCGACGUUUUAAAAAACUCCAGGAGUCUCGACCUCAGUUUCAAGGGAGGAAGCUAGAAGACCUGCUUCCUUUGCCCCUACAGAGAUUGAAUCAGUACAAACACUUCCUCAGAGACUUGCUGGAGAACACCAGCCCAGACAACGCGGAGUACCAGAAACUUGCAAAGACUGUGAAAUAUGUUUCUGAGGUAUCUCGAUGGGUCCAAGACAUCAUUCGUAAUAGAGAGAACUCACUACAGCUACUUCGGGUUCAGAAACUGCUCAAAGGACAGAAGACCAAGGUGUUGGCUCCAGGGCGCUGGUAUAUCCGGGAAGGCUGGCUUUUGGUGGUGCCUUCCAAGGGAGAAGAACUGAAGCGCAGGAUGUUCUUCCUUUUUUCUGAUAUCUUUAUUGCAACAAAGCUGUGCCAUCCGUUGCACCUUCUGAACUCAAACAAAUUCAGGUGCCGGGCUGUCUACCCACUUCAGCAGUGCACCGUGGAUAAAGUGUUUGGCCACACGCAGAGCCAGGGAGGGCUUCUCAGUCUUUCCUUUCCACACAAGACGCUGUUGUUGAUGUCCAGUGACCAACAAGAUAUUAACGACUGGUAUCAGAGUCUCACAGCUGCAAUCAGGCAGCUGAAAGCCUGACUCAUCUGAGUACAAGACAAUCCGGCAGGACAACCUCCCCUCUUGGUAGAAGUGUAGGACAAUUGCAUUCACAAGGACUACACACAGUGAGAUUAGGACACAGCUGUCCUAAUCUCAGUACAGGAGGUAUUGCAAAAAAGCAUAUGCACGUUAAGAAUAUGUAUAUAAAGAAUUUGUAUCAGGACUUCUCCCAUAGCUUCUGCUUCUAGCUUUUUUUAUACUUUUUCUCAAGUUCUUAAGGACAACCAGAA